AUGUCAACUUCUGCUGAUGCGACCUGGGAAGCGUUUAAGCCCUUGGCCCAGCAACUCCUCAACAGCCUCGGCCGCGUGACAGCAUUGGAUCAAGAUGCAGUCACUGCGACCUUGCAGUCCGCCUUUCUGUCGACUCCCUCCAUGUCUAGUCUCCAGGCCUACUUCAAAAGCCCUGUCCAGAGUCAAGCAACUUGUACAUUUGAUGGGAUUGAUCUUACGGAGACGAUUGAGCAUAUGGGGAAUGCGGCUAUAGCUGCUCACAUUGCCGACCUCGACUUAGGCUAUGGCUUCAAGGCUAUGUCACACCGUGAUCUUGCUAUUAAGGUCCCUGAGGAAAAAUUCAACACUAUAAUGCCCUGUGUCUUUGCCGACCACAUCAACGAUCAGCUCAAUGCUGACGGUUUGGAAUCCCUGAGAGUUCUUAAGCAAACACCCCUUCUGGUCGAAGCCUAUAAGAAUCUCAUAAUCGAUCCAAAGUUCAACCCCUUCGGAGCCCGUGGUGACCUUCAUUUCGGAAUGACCUGUCUUUUUGUUUAUGAAUACUUCGUCCAAGGUCCAGGUUUCACGUUGAGUGAAAAGACGACUGGAAGUCAGGGCGUUGCCAUCAUGCAAGCGUGGAAGAAGAGCCAUCCUCUACCCACUGGCCCGGAUGAGAUUUCAGGCCCUGCUUCAGUAGUGAAAGACCUUACUCCAUCGCAGGUGACGGUCCUGGCCAUCUCAUAUCUCCCAAGUGCUACUUUUUCUCCAAAUGGUAAAGCCAGCGCAACCAUCCAGGACUAUGCUCUUGCUAUGCAAAACGCCAAUUUGGUACCCCGCGAGACACCAACUGCCGUUCCAAUGCCCAGCGAAGACAUAGAUAUGAUGAUCACUACCAAAACUAUCUUCUCUGGCGCCAAUGUGUCAUAUUAUUACUCUACAAGCUACACACUUUGGUACCAGUGGAUGGUUACUAUCAACGAUAACAGCACCGGUAACUUUUGGAUAAACGGUAUUGUAGCUGCGGCUGGCCAAACCGAGACGACCAGCAAAAGUGGGAUAAUCGAGACUAACAGGCGAAUGCUUCCUGAUACGGAGCGCACUACGAUCUACGGGACGGACCUUGUCAAUUGGUACCACGCAAAUGAGGAGGCGGCCUUUCUGAAAAGCGGCCUCUCAUUUGACAAUACAGUUGUCACCGAUGACGAUGGUCCAAGCGGGAGCUGCUUCGUGCCUGGAACCUUGGUGGAGACUUCCAAAGGUCCCGUGGCGAUAGAAACACUCCACGAGAACGAUGCUAUCCUUACACUCAGUGGGGCUCAGCGUCAGUGGGGCCUCUGCAGUGACGAGGUCGUGAAGAGUGCUGCACCUGGGACUCUCUACGGCUUCAAUGGUAGAAACGCCUUUUUCACCUCUGGGCACCCGUUUCAUACGACAACGGGUAUUCGCGCCAUUGACCCCUCCCUUGCGCGGAUAGAGAACCCGUGGUUGGAUGUUGGUACACUUAGGGUUGGACAUCAGUUGCUGCGUUUGAACCCUGCUAAGACAGGAUACGAUUUGGAGACCAUUACAGCCAUUUCAGCCGUUCCAAGCAAUGCGACCUCAGUCUACGGCGUGCAUUUGAGACAAGGCCUCAGAAGCUAUCAUGCUAAUGGUUACCUUGUGGCGCUAAACUAUCCGGAGAUCACUGCAGCGGCGAUCGGCAAGCAGCUUCAGGCCAUUCCGAAGCAACAGAGACUUCAAAUGCUUCGAAGCUUUGCAGAUCUCAAGCCGCUUUUCGCUCGUUUUGGAGCAGGUACAGUGGUAGACCGUCUGGCCCAAGAAGUACACUCUUUGAAGCCCCUGGCAUACGGCGGUCGACAAGUCAAUCCCAAUGGCAUUCUCAGCCGAGAUCUUCACAGGACAUACUCAAUGAGGCAUCGUGACCAAAACACUGCCCUAGGGACUGUGGAAUUGCGUUCUGGAAUCUUGCACGUCGAUGGUGCAAGGGUUCCUCAAGUAGACAUGCAUGGAGCCGCUCUUGCUUGGAGCCGACAGCGACCUGACCACAGCUGGGAGCAUGCUCACUGUGAAUUUGUGAGCUCUGGUAAUCGUGCGUCUGGCUUUCUAGUUCAUACUUCCGAUGAAUCCCCCGAAGGUAAUGAAGCAUCGCUUAAGAAUCAAGACGUCAUUCCUUUUGUUCUUAAUGCAGCGUCUACUGUAAAUCCGUCAGUUUUUCCAGCUUUAGCGGAUAAAGGCGCAACACAAAGUGAGCCAGGUUCGGUUAACUUGGAAAUGAUCUCAUCUCCAGUAACAAUGCAAAUGGCUUCAGCUGCUCCUGGCUCGACAACUCCUCCAUAUCUUUACGACUUCACUUAUCCACUAUUCUACGAUCCAAAUCCUACUACAGCUGGAGUGGCUCCUAACUGUGUGCUCCCUUGUGGAACACUACUACUUCCAACAAAUGCGAACUACCAUUCUUCGUGGCCUCAGAUGCAAAUUGAGGAAUUUGAGUUGGUCAAGAAUGCAAUGAAAGAGUCAGUAACCAAAGAGUUUCCUGAUUCGAGCAAAAUUAAUGUUACCAACUUUGGGGAAAUAUACACGUGCACAAUAUCUUACAAUAAGGACAGCGAAGAGGUUCAUACAUACGAGCUUGAGACUCCCGAGAUGAUCAUUGGCUGCUCUGACGAAUAUCAGACCUGGAAAUCGAGACCAGACCCCAGCGAUGACACGCCUCUGCCUGGGAAAAAUCUCCACUUCACGCAGCAACUUGAUACAUUGCAACUGAACGUUGAGCAAUCUAUCUUGCCCAUCAGUGUCGAAGCUGUCCCACCGCUGAUCAACGAUAGUCCUAGUGCGAUUACUGCAUUUCUAGCGCAGCAUCAAGACUCCGCCACACAGCUUACUGCUCUGAUAAAUCUGCCUUACAACGCGCCCGCCAUCAACCAAGACGUACAAACUAUGAUGGUCCAGGUCAUGCAGUAUCACAUGGACUCAGCCGACCGCGAGAUGUUCUUUGGAAUAACAGCAAAACCUGACGGUUUGGACCCAUCAUUAGGUGCCCAACUGGACAGUGAAGUGUCCAAGUGGAUUCAGACUCAAUAUGCACCGGCAUAUAUUUGCCAGAUGAUGACUACCAAUGAUGCCAAUAUUGGAACUCAGUAUCGCUUUACGAACAAGGAAAUCAAAAGAAUUAACUAUUGGUGGAGCGGCAAGGGACCAGGAUGUCUUGCGGCAGACCCAAAUUACAAGUUACUUGACCGGGCAGUCCAGCGCUGGGUCACGAGAGAUACCUAUGAGCUAGUCAAGACACUUUGGAAUGGAGGCACAGGAAGUGACGGUGCCAUCUGGUCAGACCUUCUGUACGACAAGAUCGUUAGCGACCCGAGAUUGUUUGCAGAGUUGCAAAACUCAGACGCACAGAAUGGAACUGCGCAAUUGACCAAGAUUUGCAGUAUGAUGGAUGCUUUGGACAAUGGACAUCAAAAGACCAGGGAUUUAUCAUCGUCUUCUCUACCGCCACUUCCAUUACCGCCUCCACCCUCUACAGGCAAAUCGGCUCCCUCUUCCCAGCCUGCAACUUCAGCUCCACCAGUAGCACAAGCUGUAACGCCAACUGGAGAUGCGUCGUCAAACCCACCCAGUAUGCCGACGGGAACAACUACAACAUCAAAGACUAUCACCAUCACCGACACAAACGCUAACCUUCUAUCACUGAAGGUCCUUGCAUCCGUGAGGGCCGAGAGCUGGAGCCAACAGUUCUGGGGCAUAAGCCAAAUGACCGACGAGAUGGUCAGAGUGGUUGAGUCGCAGUGGCUUUCCGAGCUGAUUCAAGAACUGCUCCUUGGACUCUUGGCCAAGGACCAACAACUUACAAACGAGGUUCUGAAGAACAUAAUGCAAGAUAUAGCCGACGCUGAAGCAAAGGACACGUCUUGGGCGGCGCAGAGUACAGAGCUGAAAAUGCAACAGUUAUUUCUCGAGUUCUCUGGUUCGCUUCCCAAUUUCAUGGACGCCUUAUGCAUGGCAGGGAGCGCAGCUAAAAAGGGCGCCAAGAACAUCUACGACUACGUACGUGGCGUACAGAGGGCUGGUGUGGCAGCCGAUGCAGCAGUCGAAAACGUCAUUCCUGUUCCAGACUCCAAAGCAAAACUAUCAGAAGGUGGUAAGAAAGCUUUAUGGAGCGUGGUGGGAAUUGUGGCCUUAUAUUGCGCCGCCAAUAACAUGAGUGGCCAAUGGAGUGAUAGUGACACGGCCAGCCGAGGUCUCAUGGUCACCACAGUUGUAGGAAGCUGCCUACAGCUUUUGGAACUUGGAGCCAAUGCUUGGGAAGCUUUUUUACGAAUGGGAAGUGGCCUCUACUCUAAUACGAGCCAGAUGAUGAUGGCCCGAUCCCUAGACACCUAUCUAGACUCGAGCGCCGAAGGAGGCGGAUCCCUGAACCCGAAAUCUUUCAAACAGAAGUUCGUUGAUAAGAAUACAAGGGUCGUGGUGGAGAUGGAUCACCUUGGUGCGGCAGGGAAUGUAGGAGAUGGCGACUUGCAGAGUCUGAUCAAGAAUUCUUCAACAGUGGUCAAGUGGCGCCAAGGCUUCAAUUUUGCGAGAACAGUGCUGGCUUGGCUCGGUUACGUUGCUGCUGUUGCUGUAGUCAUCUUUAUGACUUGGGAAUUGAUCCAGGAUUGGUCAUCAAUGAGCCAAGGCCAGAAGAUUUUCUCAACCAUCCAACUUGUUUUGGCAGCUAUAGAGGGAGGCCUGGGAGGGGCUAUUGUUGUGCUUGCCGCAGGGUGGGCGGUCGUGACCAUAUUCGGAGCCAGUACAGCAGCAGCGGGAUUCGGGUCUGCAAUAGCAUUUUGUUGUACCGCAUUUGCUGCCGCAGGUCCCGUACUGGCCGUGCUUGCAGUCAUCGUCCUCGUUGUCUUUUUCAUCUGGCAGUCGAAGCAACCGGCACCGCCUACUCCUGUCGAGCAAUGGCUCAAUACAACAGGCAAGGCAUGGGCAGACAAUGUCAACAUGCCAGACUGCCCCAUAGACGUCAGUUUAAGCCCAACGUCUGUGGAGUCUUCAGAAAGCACCCAGACCAUAUCGCUCGCUGUCACAAACACGGGACCGACCGCAGCUGUUAUCCAAAGCCUCAGCUUCCAGUUCUCGACUGGGCCAGAGGAUAGUGCUCUUUUUUAUAAUGAGUACACAUUUGCCUCUGCUUCCACUAGUGGUACUGCAGGAACCGCUAAUAUGCAGACAACUAACAACAGUGUGACUAUGACAAUACGGAAUGUAGCGAGCGAUACUAGUGCGAAAAAUAAUGCGAUGAACACUACUUUGACGUUCGCCGGGCCUUCGGUUCAGGAUAAGGUGUCCCUGGAGUAUUAUAACAACAUCACAUUUGCAGCUAGUGAUACGAUCACAGUGCAGUUGAGCGGAAGUGCGAAACGCAUCUUUACUCCGAUUACCAACUCGCACUUGUCAAACAACCGGCUGUUUGCCGGCGGCACGUGCUGUAUCUCCAAAUGUAACCAAGCCAUGUCUGUUACAAGCUUUUCAAGCAGACCUUUAAUUCAACACAACAAUAUGACGCAGCGACCUUUAACUCUAUUCAACCAGGACCUUCUCCAUGAAGCAUCAUACGUCCACGAAGAAUGGGUUCAAGCAGCGUCUGGCAAAACCUUUGUCAUCACUGAUCCCGGCAGCGGCAUUGUUUGGGCUACUUGUCCUGAUAAUGCUGCUGAAGAUGUCAACAACGCAGUCCAAUCUUCUUACAGGGGAUUUCUUGAGUACAGAGGGUUCACUGCACGCAAAAGAGCCCAGCUGCUACUAGAAUGGCAUCGCUUGAUUGCCGAGGCUAAAGAAGACCUUGCAAAGCUUCUUACCUACGAAACUGGAAAGCCUCUUGCUGAAUCACGUGGAGAAAUCGACUAUUCUCUAGGCUUCGCUUGGUGGUUUGCUGGCGAAGCUGAACGAAUCCAAGGCACAAUUGGGGCGUCCAGCAAUGCAGAAAGAAGAGUGCUUACGAUCAAGCAACCCAUUGGUGUGACUGUUGCUCUAGUCCCAUGGAACUUCCCUAUUGCCAUGAUUAUGAGAAAGGCCAGCGCAGCCUUUGCUGCCGGCUGCUCUAUGAUUGUCAAACCGUCACCCGAAACACCUCUGUCUUGCUUGGCCCUAGCGGAUCUAGCCACCAGAGCUGGAUUCCCAGCAGGCACAUUCAACGUCCUAACGACCUCUUUGGAAAAUACCCCUGGCCUUUCCGAGGCUUUAUGUACUCAUCCUUUAGUCGCCAAGGUAACUUUCACCGGCAGCACUAGGGUGGGCAAGAUUGUUGCUGGUCUUUGUGCUCAGGGCCUUAAAAAGUGCACACUGGAGCUUGGUGGAAACUGUCCUGUUAUUGUCUUUGAUGAUGCUGGCAUUGACCAAGCCAUCGACCAAAUCAUGACAUUGAAGUGGAGGAAUGCGGGACAAGCAUGUAUUACGGCAAACCGAGUAUAUGUUCAAGCCGGCGUCUACGAGAAAUUUGCCGCUGCCUUCUCCGGGAAGACCAGCAAGUUCAAGACAGGUCACGGCGCUGAUCCCGCCAAUAACUUCGGAGCUGUCACUACGCUUGUCGGUCUUCAAAAGGCUGAAUCACAGGUCAAGAAUGCUCUUGAAAACGGGGCUAAGCUCAGAACUGGAUCAGGAAAACCACUUGUGAUAUCUUCCUCGGGAGAGAGCAGCCAGUUCAUGGAGCCAGUUGUUCUUACUGGAAUGACACAGGAUAUGCAGAUGGCCAAAGAAGAGACAUUUGGUCCAGUUUGUGGCCUUUUCAAGUUCGAAACAGAAGAACAGGUUGUCAAGUGGGCCAAUGACACUAGCCUGGGUCUUGCAAGUUAUGUCUUUACCAAAAACUCGGACCGUUUGUGGAGGUUGUUUGAGGAUCUAGAGGCAGGCAUGAUCGGCUUAAAUACAGGAAAUGGCUCUGCCGCGGAGAGUCCCUUUGGAGGUAUCAAGCAAUCCGGUUACGGAAAGGAAAGUGGCAAAGAUGUUGCUGUAGCAGAAUAUCUUGUCGAGAAAACUGGGACUUUGACAGUCAUGUGA